AUGGGAUUAUUCAAUAGUGGUAAAAGUGAAAAAGUUGAAAAAGUUGAAAAAUUUGAAGAACAUCAUGAAAUUCAUUCACCUAAAAGUCGACAGACACGUGCAUCAAAGCAUCAUCGUCCAAAUAAAUAUGGAGCAAUUAUUCGACCAAUGCCUCAACCAUUACCAAUCAAUGGAAAUAUUUUUCAAGGAUCUGUUGGUUAUUCACCAAAUAUUUUUGCAAAUAUACCUCAAUAUAAAUAUGGAUUUCCAUCAAGUAUUCCAUAUGAUUUGAGUAAAUUUACUCCACCAACAUAUUCAUAUAAUCAAUAUCCAAUUGUUCCAACAACACCAAUGAAUUUAGCACCUAUUUGGUCAAAUGGAAUUUAUCCAUUUAAUGAUCGAUCACCAUUUCAACAAGCUCAACAACAACAACAACAACAACAACCAUUUAAUAGUUAUCAACAAACACCAUGGCCUUAUAUUCCUCAAUCUAAUUAUGCUUAUAUGCCACAAAUUAACUUUUAA